AUGUGCCAAAGCCAACUGGACAACAAGCGCAAGGCGAAUAUUUUCUGGAGAAACGGAUGUACAGACCCCACAUGGAACGACCCGGCAUGUCCGAAGCACUGUGAAGGACUAGAUGAACAUUGUUUCAACAGCAAUGGUAUCCGCACAAGGCAUCGCAACAACGGCCUCGGGUUCAAUCCCGACAUCCGCUGUUCCUUCUUCCUCCAGCGCCCUCACCGCAUUCGCCGACCCAUCUUCAUCUCCAUCUUCAUCAACAAUCCCAUUCGCACCAUCCGCCUCGCCCGCAUCAUCAUCCAGCAGCGACAAUAA